UGUCUGCCUUUAUUUGCCCCUUGUCUGCCUUUAUUUGCCCCAUGUCUGCCUUUAUUUGCCCCUUGUCUGCCUUUAUUUGCCCCUUGUCUGCCUUUAUUUGCCCCUUGUCUGCCUUUAUUUGCCCCAUGUCUGCCUUUAUUUGCCCCUUGUCUGCCUUUAUUUGCCCCUUGUCUGCCUUUAUUUGCCCCUUGUCUGCCUUUAUUUGCCCCAUGUCUGCCUUUAUUUGCCCCUUGUCUGCCUUUAUUUGCCCCUUGUCUGCCUUUAUUUGCCCCGUGUCUGCCUUUAUUUGCCCCAGAGCACCUUCUAUUCUAAAAGCCCACCGCCAGCACCCACUGCUUUGUUGGGGUUUCCUUUCCCUGCACCACAUGUUUGGCCCAGUCUCUCCUCCCUGCAAGAUGCAUUUAUUCAUCAGCUUUAAUCUCCUGGUGGUGUGCAUUUAUUGGGCUUUCCUCUUGCCAUGCCAUGCAUUUGUCAGGGUUUGCUCUUCCCGUGACAUAUAUUUAUUGGGGUUUGCUCUCAUCUGUCAAGAUCUCUCUCUCCAUGCCAUGCAUUGAUUGGGGUUUGCUCUCCAUGACACACAGCUAUCGAGGUUUCCUCCCUUAAUGCCACGUACUUAUUGGAGUUACUGCUCAAAACCGUUCUUUUAUCAGGGCUUGCUCUCAAUGCCAUGCAUUUAUUAGGGUUUCCUCUCUCAAUGCCAUGUGUUUAUUGGGGUUGCCACUCAAAGCCAUGCAUUUAUUAAGGUUUCCUCUUGACGACAUGCAUUUAUUGGACUUGCUUCCUCCAUGCCAUGCAUGUAUUGUGCUCUUUCCAUGCAUUUAUCUGGGUUUCUUUUCUCAAUACCAUCCGUGCAUUCGUUGGGGCUUGCUCUUGAUUACGUGCAAUUAUUGGGGUUUCCUCUCGCCAUGCCAUGAAUCCACCUGGCUUUGCUCUCCAUGCCCUGCAUCUCUGGAUGUUUCCCCCUUCCUCUCCGCGCAGUGGCUGAAGGCUGACGAGGUGGAGAAGGGCAGCAGUGGCACUGCCAUCCGCAUCGAGAACCCCAACCAGUUUGUGCCCCUCUACACCGACCCUCAGGAGGUGCUGGAGAUGAGGAACAAGAUCCGUGAGCAGAACCGCCAGGACGUCAAGUCUGCAGGGCCGCAGUCCCAGCUGCUGGCCAGUGUGAUCGCCGAGACGAGCCGCAGCCCCUCCACAGAAAGCCAUUUGGGGGAUGCCGAGACCAAAAACCCAUCCCAAGAGGAGGUCCCAGCUGAGCCGGAGCCCCCGAACCCCUUCAGCCAGCUCACGGACCAGGAGCUGGAGGAGUACAAGCGGGAGGUGGAAAGGAAGAAGCUGGGGCUGCACGGAGACAAGGAGGAAGAGGAGACCCAGGCAUCCCCCCCAAAAUCACCACCGGGGUCUCCAAAAUCCCCCAACAAAAGCGCAGCCCCAGAGGGUCUGGAGGGUGACAAGAAGGUGGAGGAUGGCCAAGCUCCGGCCGAUUCCUCCGCCGAGAAGGAGCCGCCUGCGGUGGUCAAUGGGAAGGAUGAGGAGCAGAGCACGGAGGAGAGCAAAGGGGGGGACCAGACGAGCACCCCGGCCAACCCAGAGCAGGAUGCCCCCAAGGAGAAGAGCGAGAUGCUGACCAGCACCCCCGUCUCCCCCGAAGGCUCACCCUCCAAAUCACCCUCCAAGAAGAAGAAGAAAUUCCGGACCCCGUCCUUCCUGAAAAAGGGCAAAAAGAAGGAAAAGAUCGAAUCUUGAGCCUCUCCCCCCUCCCCCCGUGGCUUUGGCCGAGCGUCUUUCCAGACGGAUGCGUCUGCGCCGUGCGUCUGGCCGUGGCGCAGCCAAAAACCCUGGAGGUGAACAAUCCGGGAGCCCUCGGCACGAGGCACCAAGUCCCCCCCGUCACCCGCUUCGGAGGUGGCCGCUGAGCUUACCGAGAGAUUUUGGCCCCUGUCUGCUGCUUGGGGAAAUACCCACCGCCACGUCCCCGCUCCCACCAGCGCUCCCCCGUCUCUCCCAGGCACCCACGUGGCCUCUGAGGUUUGUUUAUCCCACCCGCUGCUUGCAGAGCCCUCGUGCAACGCGGAGGCACAGCCCGGAUGCGCUUGGUUUUGAGAAAGAAACAGGUGUGCUGUCGUCGCUGGUUUUGGGUCUUUGACCCAAACCAUUUUGUUUCACGCUCUGCUGGAAUGGCGCUGGCUUCGCCCCUGGCAUCUCUUUGCCAGGGUGAUGGGAUGGAGCCCAACACCGGAGGAUUGCUCUCCCCGAAGGAGAGCACCUGGGACACUUUCCUUCUCGGAUCGCAAUCUUACCCCAAGGCUGUGAGCCACCUCGGUCCCCUUCUCCUGGUGCCACACUCACACGUUUGCUGCUUGGUGGAGAGCAGCAGGGUUUCUGCACCGCACCUGAGAACACAGAAGACGAGGAGCCUCGGGGCAGAGUCACGUAAAACUGAGCAAACUUCACUCACUAAGUGCUACUUUGGGAUGAACACACGCUGCCAAUUCACUUCAGUAGGAGGCACUGCCCUGGUCCCCCCACACCACGUCGAUGAGUGCCUGUACACGUAAAGAGCACGAGAGCCCCGAGGCCGAACCGCUGCUCAGCCCAGCUCUGGACUCCUGAGCACACGCACAGAUCCUCCCCAUCCUUCCCCCAGCCUCACCUCCCCAUGCCCAGCCAUGCAACCCAAAGGGAAGAAGAAAAAGCAGCUCUGAAGCCUGGAAAA